CGCUGGAAGCACGACCCCCACCUACUCAUUCACUCGCUCCCUCCUUUCCCCUCUGCGUCGGCGACAGGAAGGCGAAGGAGGGAGGAACCCUAGCCGCUCGAGCAAGAAGGAACGCCCAGAUCCCCAAGGCCGGCGACGAUGGCGGUGGUUCGGUGCGCGGCGAGGAGGCUCGGUGGCUCCCUGCUCCAGCGAGCGCAGGCGGCGGUCGCGGGGAAGGAGGGCCGCCGGCUCGGUCCAGGCAGGUUCAUGCGCUCCCGCCACCUCUCCAGCGAGUGCGCUCGCGAGAUCCAGGACAAGAAGCUGGAGCUGCGCAACUUGAUAGCCAAGGCGCUGAACAAGAAAGAGGAGCUGCAUGGGGCGCUAUCAAAGGCGGCGAAGAAUUCUGAGGCGAUUGGUGAGCCUGACUUGCGGCUGCUGGAGCGUUUCUCUCUACGGAAAGUCGCUCCGAAACCGCAUAAAGCUCCAUCGACCUGGAGGCGGAUCGCUGCAAGAGCCAACGGUUUGCUGGAAGCAGCUGCCAACGUGACAGUCUUUGUUCUGGCUACUGCUUUUGCGAUUGGUGGCAGGUUCAGCAAGGGGGCAAAAGGCGAGACCGUUGGCGAGGAAAACCAGUGAAGACUCGGCUUGUGUUUCACUUCAGUUAUGAUGACCUGCAGUUUGGCUAAGUUAUCUCUGUGAUAUCGCGUGCGUGACACAGUAGGGAUGCUGUCUGAGUUGAUUUGCAUGUUGGAUGGAACCGUGGGUUAUUUUGGUUGCGCUGAACCUUGUUAGCCUUAUGUCCUGAAGUAUAAUGCACGAUGGGUGGGCAGUUUUAGAAACAUAUUCCAACUGUUUACUUUUGCUCUUAAUUGACGCCGGUUAUCUUGCCUCCA